UAUUUUCUGUUUUGGUAUAUUUUAUCGACUUUGCAUUGUUUAUUAUUGUCAAAAGCUUCAAUGCAUCGAUAGAACAAUCCAAUGGACUCACAAUUUGAUAAUGCAGACGAACACUAUUGGAAUCGCUCCUCGAGGGCAGCCUUUAGCUUCGACGAUGACGACGAUGACAUAGAUAUUGCCGAUGGCCAUGGUGCAGCAAGAGCAGCUGCGGGACACACGAAGCUGAGCACGAAACACGAAAAUAAUGCAAUCUUCAACGAUGACACUAUUUCUGAGGCGAGUUUCGACAACAGCGCGGCGCUGGGAACCCUCAACCAUCUCUCGAUUAAGGCGAUACUAAGUGAUGAGGCGCUUCAGUUAGUACUGCAGGAACAAACCUUGGAUGAUCACGUCAUGCCCAAAGGCGUAACUCCCGAAGAGGAGCUCAAGCUGCUCCGUCGUCAAAUACAGAGCACGCUCUACAGUCCCAAUCUGGAGGCGACCGCCCAGAAGCUACUUCACGGCAAAGUGGCGCCAUUGGAAAUGUUCAAGUCACUGCUGGAAAAACAACAGCUUCUGGACAAGGCCCUGGCUAACGGUGGCGAUGCCGUGAUUGGUGUGCUGCUCUUCCUCAAGCGCACACUGAACACCACUCAAUUCCAUGGCAUACUGGAGCAACGGCCCAAGGCGCUGGAACAUUAUCUCAGCUAUCUGCGUCAAAGUGGAGACCUAAGCAGCUACAUUGAGACGCUGCAACGAUUUGGCCGCCACCAGGAAGCAGCUCUCCAGCAGUUCCAAGCUGCCAUGGCCUGCUCUGGCAUCGCAGCACGCAAGCAGCAACUGCAACGUCUCAUCGAUGCCUAUGCCAAGGCCGGAGUGGGCGUUAUUCCGCUCUACGAGCAAGUCUUUCAUGCCGCGCUCUAGCUGCAGUUGCUUCAGGAAAAGGAAGGCUUAACGCACCAGUUUGGUGAGCAUGCAACUCCCAUUGAGUUGCUCUACGUGUGCUGUGCGCAGAACAAGAACUGGAAAGAUCAGGACAUGCUGAAAGUGACCUCGCCACAACGCUUUGCUGCCGAUCAAGAGAUCUCGCCAGCACAAUACGAGUGGACGGCUUUGAAUGAGCGAGCACAGGCGCAAGCUUAUGCGGACUUGGAGUGCAUCUUUGAGCGUGUGUCCACUUGGCAUCCACUUAAGUCUCGGCAGUUCCACAUCAGCUUCGAUUUGGCGCUGGCCGUGCAGCGCCUCUUUGAGCUGCAAGCACCUGCCACGGUGCUGCAGCUGUUCCUCUCCAAGAUGAGCAACAGCAGCGAGAAGUUGGCGCUGGCUCAGCGAGUGAAGUGCAUCAAGGCGGUGAUUGAUGCCAUGGUUAGCUUGAAGCAGCAACAGGAGCUGCAGCAGCUAAGGGAGUCGCUGCCCGAGAGAUCCGAGGAGCAGUUUUACUGUGAGAACGCACUGAAGUCACUGCAAAGCAAGCGCUGGACAACGGACAAUAUUAAACUAAAACUUUAGGAAGCACAAUCAAUUUUGUAUAAAUGUAUUUUUUAUGAGUUUUUUGUUAAUCAUAUAACUCUAUUUAAAUGAAAACCUUGUAUGUAUAUAUUAAAUAAUUGCAAAUCACA